AUGGAUUCUCUUAAAUUUGUCAUUCUUCCCCCCAGCGGGUUCUGCAUUAUUUCAAUUCUUGCCCUCAUUGCCCUCUACGCAGUGACCACCACAUUAUUACCAGGUCUGAGGUCGCUUCCCGGACCAUACCUUGCCAAAUUCACAGAUGGCUGGCGUCUGUACAAAGUGUACUGUGGCAACUAUGAGCAGACCAUAAUCGAGCUUCAUCAACGAUAUGGCGAUAUCGUCCGCAUCGGCCCCAAUGCUGUCAGCAUAGCAGAUCCUGCGGCUCUUGAAUCAAUCUAUGGUCUCAAGGCCAACUACCGAAAGAGUAAAUUCUACAAUGCCUUUAUGCAAAUGAACAAAGGCAAGCCAGUCGAGUCAUUCUUUACCACUCAAAACAUAUCAUGGCAUUCGGCGAUUAAACGACCCGUCAGUUCGGCUUAUUCCAUGACAACUUUGACAGACUAUGAGCCACAUGUCAAUGAGGUUAUCAAUCAGCUGAUUGAACAGCUCACUGUCGGCUACUGCUCGGACAUAAAUCAGGUCCAGGUAUGCCCUAUUGCUUCGUGGAUCCAUUUUUUCUCUUUUGAUGUUAUUGCCAAAAUGACUUGGUCAGAUACAAUCGGCUUUCUAGAAAGUGGUGAAGACGUCGAUGGCAUGAUCCGGACGAUGGAGAGCGACAUGGACUACUUUGCUACGGUUGGUCAAAUGCCAUGGGUAGAUAAUCUCAUCAGAAAGAAUCCGGUUGCGCGUUAUGUCAUCAAAAAGACAAGCAACUCAGCUAAAUUCGGCCUCGAUAAGAUACAACAACGGCGAGAAAAGACCGUGUUGUCCUCAGACGAACAGACGGAUUUCUUAUCGAAGUUUUUAAAAGCUGCAAAGGCGAACCCUCAAUUGGUUGACGAUCAAGCUAUUGUAUCAUACAUGGUGACGAAUCUAGUGGCAGGUAGCGACACAACUGCCAUCUCUAUCAGGGCAGUACUUUACUAUCUUUUGAAAACGCCGUCCGCAUAUAAACGCUUGCGUGACGAGAUUGACCAAGCAAGCCUUCCAGAAGGUCCAGUAAGCUGGGCAGAUUCCCAGAAGCUACCUUACCUAAAUGCUUGCAUCAAAGAAGCGUUUAGAAUGCAUCCCGCAGUUGGGGUUCCCCUGGAACGCCUCACACAGUCAGGUUACAAGCUGCCAAAUGGAGUACAAGUACCAGAGGGAACAAUUGUAGGCAUCAGUGCCUGGGUCAUCCAUCGCAAUACCAAGAUAUUUGGGGAGCAAGUUGACCAAUACGUCCCAGAAAGGUGGCUUCAGCAGCCAGGGGAAAGUAUCAGUACGUUCGAUGAAAGGAUAAAACAGAUGAAGCGGGCGGAUAUGACUUUCGGUCGUGGGUCCAGGACCUGCCUGGGGAAGAAUAUUGGCAUGAUGGAGACAUGUAAAGCUGUACCAACACUGCUGAAAGCCUUUGACAUUUCUCUUGUGGAUCCUGAAAAAGAAUGGAGGCUUCGAAAUUCAUGGUUUGUGCGCCAGGAAGGCAUAGAAGUUUAUCUUAAGAAAAGGUCUAAGUAA